AUGAUGAAGCCGUCUGACGCCCAUGGCCGCCGCCCAGACACUCCAUGCAUGUAUAUACCUUCCCUUAAAACUGCGCCGGGAAUCCCGAUUGGGAUUAUCUCUUUUUGUCGCCGUACUCCUGAUAUCCCUAUGGACCUUGGCUAUGUGAUAAGCCCCGACUACCAAAGGAAAGGUUACGGAUUGGAAGGGAGCGCUAGGAUUUCUCGAUAUUGGAAAGAUGAAUUUGGUGUCAAAGAGAUGUGCAUUAUUACUACCGAAGAUAAUAUCGCAUCUAGGAAGCUUGCAGAGGGCAAUGGCUACCUGGAUGGUGGCUAUGUUAUGAAGGGCGACACGAAGAUGGUUGCUUACAUACUUCCCGGAAUGAAGAAGCUUGAAGGACAGGUGUUUUCGAUGUGGGGAGACGGAGAAAUUCCCGAAGAUGAUUGCUAA